AUGGGCAGUGAGUGUGAAAAACGACAAUGGUUGAAAAUUAUUAUUCCAUAUAAGGCUGAAAAAAGGCUAAAUAAAUCAGAAAUAAAAUCAGACAAAAAAUCCAGUGUUGGACACACCAUUCUACAUUAA